AUGUCAAGCAUCGACGUAGCCGCCACGAACAUGUCGUGUUUAUGCCAACUUACUUUAGAUCAAGUUAUGUAUCGAGGUGUAAUUGGCCCAGGAACUUUUUACGAUCGAAUCAUGGAUCCAAAGCUCAAAAAUCAUUUAAUGAACACCGAUGCAAUUAAUGACUUUUGUGAAAAACAAGGCAGAUCCAUCAAAAUACUAGAGUAUACGCCAACCAGCGAUGAAGCAUCCUCAGAACGUUUAAUGCUAGCACUUAAACUUACACUAGAAGUAUUAUUUAUGGCCAUGUUGCCAAGUUACAUUCCCAGUAAUCUCCGAAUGACCGAAUUUCCGAAGCUGCGUGUUCUGAGAAGCGAAUAUGUCAAUCAUCUACUCGACUAUCCCAAAUGGGCUGAAUGGACUAUAUUUCAAAAUGUCGAAGUUUUCAUUACACCUUAUAGAAAGGACAAUACUCACUGGCGAAACGAAAUGAAGGAAAUCGCAAAACUUCCUAUGCCGGCCAAUUUGAUGCAUUUCGUUUUCAUCAUUGAAAAAGGAAUAGCAAUUAAGAAAGAGGAGUUAAUACGUGAAUUUGGAAAGCAGGGUAUUGAGUGUCAUUUCGCAACUAGAUUAAAUCAUCAUGACUUACUCAGAUUAGCCAAUGGACUCGAGCGCGACUCAAACGAAGAAGUGCAUAGCGAUGGCAUUUGUUAA